CCUACGUUCGUGGUCCUAAUCGACUGUCGCGCGACAAAGUCGCUCGUAGCUGAGUCGCUGCAUCGUGUACGUUUUAUUCGCGCUAAUUUCUCAAGACUCUUUCGCAACGUUUUCUUUUGUUCUACGUUUUCAGGUGCUGGUCGAUUGCAAUUAUCUUAUCAUAGUUUUUACUUACUACAAAAAUUGUUACAUUUUGUUUGACAUGCUCCUGUAGAACUCAGAGAGUAGAAUCCGAAAAUGCUAGAGGCGUGGAAUCCACUGGUUCAUGAGGUAAGCGUUUUUACUGUACAUAGAGGGGCACCGACCCCCUCUGUACACUUCUCGAAAAUAUACCCCAAAGCAACUCUGUUAAUUCGAAAUAUCGAAGUUUUCAAAAGUAGGUGUAUAACAAAGUAAAAGUAGUACGUAAUGUACUCCACCACCUACGAGAAUCUGUUUUACCGACAGGGUAUGUAUUCAAGCCAAUAUGGCGUCAAUAUGCCCACUUUUAACUGCUCCUAACCACUCGUAACUUCUGUACCAGUGGAUUCCUCGCAUUAAGACUAGCAUUUUCGGAUUCUACUCGUCGAAAUCUACAGGAUUAUGUAAAACAAACUCAACAAUUAUUGAUCUCCCGAAACAAAGUUCUUCCAUUUUUCAUAUUUAUUUUUGAGUUUGAAUAUAAAGCAAGAUGCCUUUGACGAAGUUACAAUUGUUUUUCUUACUGGAGAAUAAUUACUAUAAAUAUAAAGUAUUAUCAAAAAUACGCAAGAAGAGGCGUCAACCGGUGGAAGAAAUUUACAAAGACAGAAUACAGUUCGAUGAAUUUCACCAGCUAUACUCUCAAUUACUAGACAACGAUCAUUUAUUUUACCAAUUCACACGAAUGAAAAGAAACACUUUCAAUUACAUUUUAGAAAAGAUUAGAGAAAAGUGUUCUCGUAAGACAACAAAUUUUAAAAAGCCAAUUUCGGUGGAGGAAAGACUUAUUGUCACGUUAAGGUACUUGGCAACAGGAUUAGCAUUCAGACAAAUAGCAUUAACGUUUAAAAUUUCAAAAAGUGCCGUUUCAGCUAUCGUUGUCGAAGUUUGUAUGGCCAUUUGGGAAGCACUACACGUUAAGCACAUGAGUGUACCUAAUGUUGAGAAAUUCGAAGUGAUUGCGAAUGAAUUUUACAAGAAAUGGAAUUUCCCCCACUGCUUAGGUUGUAUUGAUGGGAAACACAUAAGAGUUAAACGUCUUUAUUCUAUCGUUCUGAUGGCGGUAGUAGAUGCCAAUUACAAAUUUAUAAUGGUCGAUCUUGGUCCAUACAGAGAGGACAGCGAUGGGGGUGUCUUUGGCAAUUCGCAAAUAUUUUCUGAAUUGGAAAAUGGUAAUUUAAAGUUGCCUUCCAGUCGACGAUUGCCCAAUUGGAGCGUAGAAGCACCUUUCGUGUUUGUUGGCGACGAGGCGUUUCCCCUUAAGCAGUAUUUAAUGAAACCAUUUCCGGCUAGGCAAGCAGCAGAUUGCAACGAGAAGUUACAAUUUAAUUAUCGUUUAUCGCGGACAAGAACGGUAGCUAAAUGCGCGUUCGGAAUCAGCGCGACGAAAUUCCGCAUUUUGUUAAAACCGAUUGAAACAAAAGUUGAAAAUGCUGUAUCUAUCGUCAAAACAUGCUGUCUGUUACAUAAUAUAACAAUUGAUUUGGAAAACGACAAGUUCAGUUACAGUAAUAUCGAGAAUUCUUAUUUAAAGUUGAACCACUUAUCUCACUCCAGAAGAAAUAACAGAUCAACGAACGCAGCGUUAGAAUAUUGUUAGUACAAAUUUAACAGCGCUUUGCUACGUUCGUUUGUUUGAAAGUGUCCGGAACUAUUCGCGAAACAACGUAAUUGGUCGUAAUUCGUCCAGUGGUCGCUUGAGAAAGUCGUGUGUAUUGGAUUAACAG